AUGGAUAGGGGGAAAAUCACAGCCGAUGCCAGCAGCGCGGGAGAGAGACCAACCAAGAGGCGUGCCCGCAGUGCCCUGGCGUGUCAAAGGUGCAAGACUCGCAAGCAGCGCUGCGAUAACGAGUUCCCGUCAUGUUCGAGCUGCCUGUCUGCCGGCGAAGCUUGCUCGUACGGGCUCAAGCAAAUAUAUCCCGCCGAGUACGUGAGUUCUCUAGAGAAUCGUAUUGCAGAGCUGGAAAGAGGAGCCACUCCAGCCGUCCAGGCAGCUACGACAUCUCACGUUUCCGAUAUACCCGUCUAUCAAAAACAACAUUUGGCCAGGGAUGCUGUGGAUUCUCCGGGAGGAAAUGACGUCGCGGAAGACGGCGAGUCCAAUGCAGAGGCCGGCUCUGGCAUUAUAGCGCUGUCGCCAAACUCCUUUCUCGGGACCUCCAGUGGGUUUCCGCUGGCAAAGCUGCUUAAAUCUGCCAUCAGCACCUCCGAUGACCCGAGUCGAAUAGGUCGAUCAACAUCUAAAGGAAUCAUCACUUUUGCGCCGCAUCUGACAACUCCCUAUGAGACCGGAAGACAGAACGGGCCUCUGAUGUCCCCUGGCAGGGCAGACAUGCCUACGGAGGAAGUCGGCAAAAAGCUUAUCGAUGCAUACUAUUCCAGAGUGCAUCCGAAGCACCCAUUUUUGUCCAAGAAGAAGAUCAUGCGCCUGCAUAACGCCAGAGCGAACCUGGUCCCAGCGCACCAAAUUCCGCUGUCCACCGAGAACAGGGCAGAUCUGUGCGACUACGCCAUCCUCCAUCUAGUCUACGCGAUCGGUGGCAGGUACCUGCAACUGACACCCGACAACAAGCAUCCGUCUCCGAGUGAGCAUUAUGCGAGCGCUUUAGCCGAUGCCGAGACUAUCUUCGCUGUUCAGAGCCUCGAGGACUUGGACGCAAUGCUCUUGAUUUCUAUAUAUCAACUGAGAUCACCAACAGGACCUGGAAUAUGGUGGAUAAUCGGAACGACGAUGCGGCACUGCAUCGACUGCGGCCUGCACCGCCGGUCCAACAACAUUUCGGCUCUGCUUGAUCAAAGACGCAAGCGUAUCUUCUGGACUGCAUACCUGCUUGAGCGUUCCGUGGCGAGAACAAUGGGACGCCCACACUCGCCAUCCGAUAGAGACAUCGAUGUAGAACUUCCAGCAAACAUUGAUGACUCGAUAGAGACUGAGAGCGAGGUAGUCGCCGCACUGGCAGAAGCAAGGGCAAAUCCUACCCAAAUCACACCACUAACAGCCGCCAUCCACAUCUUCCGGCUGCAACAAUUGGAGUCCAAGAUAUCCAACACGGUAUGUCGCGUGGACAAACCCGUCGGCUCUAUCAACCCACGCAAGAUCGCCGCACUCCGAGCUGCUCUCGAGGAAUGGAAAACCAAUAUUCCCAUCAGUCAAGACUACUGCGCAAGAGAAAAGCACCCAUAUGUCACGCAUGAUUACCACAUGACGCAGUACCACAAAGCACUGGUCUUGCUUUUUUUGCCUUUCCUGCCAUCACUCACACCGGCGCAACCUGAAUUCCGCCAAGUUGCAUACUCGGCGGGCCAGAUCUGUCAGCUAUAUAAGCGCCUCUAUGACGACCAGACUUACAUCUCAUUUUCUCUGCUAGCCCUCCACGCCAACUUUGUAGCUGGCCUUGUGCUGGUUUAUUGUUUCUGCAUGGACCCAUCAAUCUUCGAUGCCAAGUUUAGCAGCGACAUCCGUGCAUGCAGCACUCUUUUGUAUACUAUAUCGGAACGGUGGCCCGCGGCACGCAAGGUUCGAAAUGCCUUUGAUCGCCUCGUCACAGUCACGGUUGAGGGCGAACACGACAGACAACCACGGCGACCUCGCCCCAACACCACCAGCGGGUCAAUGCAGUUAGAGGCCGAUCAGCCUUUGGGCGACGAAGGUGAUUGGACUUCGGGCGACAGGGCUCAUGAGAGUAUAUGGGAUAGCUUCGGGAUGGCCCUGGGAGAUUACCAAAUCAGUGCCGAGACGUGGAUGCAGGACAGUAUUUUCCAAGCUAUGGAUGCCUUCCCGUCUGAAGAUUAG